AUGGUCAAACCGAGGAUACGGCGCCAAUCACCAGUCUACCUCACCCCCAGCCCGCAGCAACAGUCACCGCAGCUGUCCUCUGCCUUUGACGAUUUCGAUACGUCUGAUGAGCCGUACUCUCGACCCUCGAGCGGCCUCUUCGCUUCAUCGGAUUAUCUCCCCCCCUACGCCAUGGCCUCCUGGCCACCCACGUUAACCGAGAUUCUUCUCGACACGGCACCUCCGCCGUGGACUCUCAGCGCCUUCAUGGCAUAUCUCUCUCAGAACCACUGCAUGGAAACUCUCGAAUUCACGCUCGAUUCCCAGCGGUAUGCUGCUUUCUACGAGCAGCUCGCCGCCGAGAUUCCUCCCACAUGCGAAAGCAAUGAGCGAGUUUGCGGUUUCUGGGAGAAGUUAAUGCAGGUCUACAUUGUUCCCUGCGCUCCUCGCGAGGUCAACAUUCCCUCUCGUGUUCGAGACCGUCUCUUAAGCCUUCCAUAUGGACAAACGCCUCCUCAUCCGUCCGAGCUUGACGAGGCAGGGCGGAUCGUCUAUGAACUAAUGAACGACUCCCUUCUCGUCCCCUUUCUGCAGUCUGUCGCGCCCAUGCAGCUCAUGAGCCCCACGGAAGAGCACAACCGGUCCCCUCGCCGGCGCUCGCAACACAGCGGGGGACGCGGCGUCGGUCAGCCUAUGUCGUCGUCGUCAGCCUCGCCCCGCGCUGCUGAUGUCGAAGCCUUGACCGAUGACAGCGACAGCAACUCGCCCGGGACGAUGGAGCCCAUGACGCCGCCCACAACCCCACCGACAUCCGAGUACACUUUCAAUACGUCCCCUGGGGGCUUCCAGCGCGCCGUCGCUGCCCACAACAAGGGCUGGAAGAAGGUGGGGGCCAAGUUGGGGUUCAGCCGAAAGGGAUCCAGCCGGAGGUCAACACCGACCUCUUCGAGCUCCUCUAAUGCGGAAUGCGAUUUACCCGUCGCCGAGACGAGCCAUCACGCCCACGGCUUAUGA